GGAGCGCCGGGCUUUGCCACCACGGCAGCGGCGCGACUGCCGGCCCUGAGGUCGCUGCUCCAGGAGAAGCGAAUUGUUCGCGUUAUCGAGGUCCACAGUGGUUUCUCUGCCCUCGUUGUAGACGCGGCACGGGCCUCCCGAAGUGGCAGAGAGGUCACAUUUGACUGUCUGUGGUCGUCCUCUUUGACGUCCAGUGCCAUCAAAGGCAAGCCAGACAUAGAAACAGUGACAACCUCCGAGCGGCUCCACAUCGUGGACGACGUCAUCGAGGUGUCUGAUAAACCUAUCCUCUACGAUGGGGACACAGGUGGUGCGAAAGAGAUCUUUGCUUUCACCGUGCGGAAGCUCGAGCGUUUGGGCGUCUCCGGGGUGGUCAUCGAGGACAAGUGUGGGCUGAAGCAGAACUCCCUCUUCGGGACGGACAGAGUCCAGACCCUGGAGGAUGUGGACGUCUUUUGCGAAAAGAUCCAAGCCGGCAAGCAGGCUCAGGUCACCCCUCACUUCAUGAUCUUUGCCCGCCUGGAGGCCUUGAUUGCUGGGCUCGGGGAGGAAGAGUGCCUCCGGCGAGCGCGUGCCUACGUGACGCAGGGAGGCGCCGACGGCGUGAUGAUCCACUCCAAGGAGAAGGAGGGGGCCGACAUCUUCUCCUUCAUGAAGCGCUGGAGGAAGGAGUUUCCCGACGUCCCGGUCAUUGCCGUGCCUACGACCUACAACCAUGUCACCGAGGAGGAGCUGCAGGAAGCCGGUGUCAAUAUCUGCAUCUAUGCAAACCAGCU